UAGAAAACAGAUAGCCUGUACGUUACCGUUCACUGCAGUACAAGACAAGGGCUUAUGUGAAGUCAGACUUGAACAAGCCUUCAGCUAUGUCCUGUUUGAACUUACCAAAGAAGUAGUGAUUUAUGGAAAAUUCUGGUAGGCCUUACAGGCCUAAGCAAGGUGGCUGGGAAAGAGGAGCAGCAGCAAGAGACAUGGCAGAUGGAUGGAGGAUGCAGGACCAGGCUCGAGGACAGAACUUGAGAUCAGAAGGAGCUCAGCAGGGCAAGAAGAAUCAGGGUGCACCCUACAGGGCAAGCCCCAAGAAAGGAGGGCUGGGACCCCUGAGCUACUCUCCUGGUGGAUUAAGAAGUGGCCACAGUCCUUCUCAAAGGGAUGACUUUCAAUGGUUUGGUCCAGAGAACAGUAGUGGUAGAAGAGAGGAUAACUGGAAUGAGCGCUUGCAGCAGCAGCAGUACUGGAGAAGGAAUACACAGGGAGAAGGUCCAAAGGAUGCUCGGGAGCAGGAGAGGAGGGAUGCCACAGAUGAAAGUGCUCAUAAGUCUGGGAGAAAAAGGAGAAACAGAAAGAAAACUUUUACUGAAGAGAACAGGGCUGUCAUGAUUGAAAAGCCUACACUCUCAAUCAAAGAGCUACGCAGCUUGCGGCAAGCAGAAAGGCGCCUUAACAGGGAUGAGAUUUACCUGCUGAAAAAGAAGCCCCAUAGCAACCCUGGUGCACUUUACAACUGUGCACUGUGUGAUGUUCUCCUGGAAUCUGUGUCUGAUGCUUACAGGCAUAUCAGAGACAAACGUCACAAGAAAAGGGCCAGGGAGAGACAAGAGCAGGUGAUGCUGACUGAGAUUCUACCUCCUGGUCCAGACCAAAUCAGUGCAGUCACUGCAGCACUACAGGCUGUUGUUCAAGAACAUGGGAUAAAUGACGAGGAUGCUGAGAGGAGAAAACAUGUAGUCUCCAUCAUGCAAGACCUUCUCCUGUCCAUCCUGCCUGAGAUCAGGCUCAGGUUAUAUGGGUCGUCUUGCACUAAAUUUGGAUUUAAGGAUUCUGAUGUCAAUAUUGACAUUCAGUUUCCACCUCAUAUGCAUCAGCCAGAUGUCUUGAUGUUGGUUAAGGAGAGCCUCUCUCUCAGCUCUUGUUUCAUUAAUCUGGAAGCUCAUUUCCAUGCCAGAGUGCCAGUGGUCAUCUGCAAAGAAAAAAAGAGUGGCCUGAUCUGCAAAGUGAGUGCUGGGAAUGAAAAUGCAUUCCAGACCACCUCCUAUCUUUCUGCUCUUUCAAGUAGGGAGCAUCUCCUGCUCCCACUGGUUUUGGGCUUCAGACGUUGGGCCAAGAUAUGUGAGAUCGACCGUCCAGAGGAAGGAGGGCUGCCGCCGUAUGUCUUCGCCCUCAUGGUUAUCUUUUUUUUACAGAAGCGCAGAGAGCUUCUUUUGCCAACCUACAUGAACCAGGAGGCGUUUCCACUCAGCCGGCUGUCAGACUUCAAUCUCACACAUACAGAGGAUGGACAUUUACACUGGACCUUCACACCUUCCUCCAAAGACCCGUCACAGCCAGCAGAGCGCUCCUGUGUGAAGGGGAAGGUUCCGCUGGUGUUUCAGAGCCCUCAUCCACCGGUGGAAGUCGGGCUCCUCUGGGUUGAAAUGCUUCGCUUUUACUCACUGGAGUUCAAUAUGGCUGACAACGUAAUCAGCGUGCGGACUAGUACUGUCCUCACUCGAGAGAUGAAAGACUGGCCAAAAAAACGCAUCGCUGUUGAGGACCCAUUUUCUGUGAAGAGAAAUGUAGCCCGCACUGUGAACAGCCAGCAAAUGUAUGACUACAUCCUCCACUGCCUAAAAACCACAUACAAGUACUUUGCACUUCCACACAAUACGCCAGCUGCUAAUCACAAGAGACAGGCUAAGUGGGGACCCAGUGAAGGGGCAAAACCGAAGGCUUUCAGUGAAGACAUGGUGGGCUUGCCAGAUCUCAGUCAGCUCACUCUUCAGCCACAACAUAAAAGUCAACCUUGCACUACAGAAAAUGAUCCUGAGGACUCUGAUCUCAUUAUUGAGGAAGAAGAAGAAAUUGAAGAAUGUAGUGACUCGGAUGAGGAGAGAGAGAAGGAAAAAGUGGACUUGGGCAAAAGCAGUUUCUCAGAGGAUGAGGAGGAUGAGGAAGAGCAGGAUGAGGAUGUAGAUAUCGACGUGGACACUCAUAACCGACUGCACUUAGACAGCUUUACCACAGAGGAUGAGGAGAUUUUUGCAGUUGAUGAGAUUUCAGGGGAGGAGCUUUUGUCUGAUGAAGAAGGUCCAGGUUUGGACACACCUGGUUCAGUUGAUGAGGAAGAAGAAGUGGAGUUAGUACCUGUCAGACUUUCACAUCCUCUUUUGGAGGAUACAGUUAAAGAAGAAAAUCUAGAAAAUAAAAACCAAAAACCAAGCAAAUCCACAUACAGCUUCACCAAGCAAGCUUUUACCAGAGGAAAGUCACACAUGGUCGUGUGCAGUUUGUGCAAGCGUGAUGGACAUCUGAAGAAAGACUGUCCAGAAGAUUUCAAGAAAGUAGAGCUGGACCCACUGCCCCCGAUAACAGCUGAUUUCCUCACUGUCCUUAACAAAGUCUGUGAGCAGUGCUACAGUGAUUUUGCUCCAGAUGAACUGGAAGUGGGUGUGAGAGAGCACAUCCUUCAAGACCUGGAGACCUUUGUUAGACGACACUUUUCUGGGGCUCGGCUACAGCUGUUUGGCUCAUCCAAAAAUGGGUUUGGCUUCAGACAGAGUGACCUAGACAUCUGUAUGGUGUUGGAAGGACAAGAAACCAUAGAAGAUGCUGCCUGCAUCAGUAUCAUUGAAAGCCUGGCAAGAUUGCUGAAGAAACACUCAGGUCUGAAGAACAUCCUACCCAUCACUACAGCAAAAGUACCCAUUGUUAAGUUUUACCACAUUCACACUGGUUUAGAGGGAGACAUCAGUCUUUACAACACACUGGCCCUGCACAAUACUCACCUACUAGCUUCAUAUGCUGCCAUUGACCGAAGAGUAAAGAUCCUCUGUUACGUCAUGAAAGUUUUUGCCAAGAUGUGUGACAUAGGGGAUGCUUCACGCGGAAGUCUUUCGUCUUAUGCUUACACCCUCAUGGUGCUGUUCUUCCUUCAGCAGAGGAACCCACCAGUUAUCCCUGUGCUGCAAGAGAUCUAUCUUGGACUGAAGAAACCAGAAGUCUUAGUUGAUGGCUGGAACGUGUACUUCUUUGAUGAUUUAAAAACACUACCCAGCCACUGGCCACAGUUUGGGAGGAACACUGAGACAGUGGGCGAGCUGUGGCUCGGCCUGCUCCGCUUCUACACCGAAGACUUUGACUUCAAAGAGCACGUUGUGUGUAUCCGACAGCAUGCCCGUCUCACCACCUUCAACAAGCAGUGGACAUCUAAAUACAUUGUCAUUGAAGAUCCAUUCGACCUGAACCAUAAUUUGGGUGCUGGUCUGUCCAGGAAAAUGACUAACUUCAUCAUGAAGGCUUUCAUUAACGGCAGAACAGUGUUUGGCACUCCGUUCAAAGUUUUGCCUCCAGAGUAUCCCAGUCAUAUGGAGUAUUUCUUUGAUCCCGAAGUUCUCACUGAGGGGGAAGUAGCUCCCAAUGAUCGCUGCUGCCGUAUCUGUGGCAAAAUCGGCCACUUCAUGAAAGAUUGUCCCAUGCGCAAGAACAGGGCCAGACAUAGGAGGGAUUCAGAGAAAAAAGCAGAGCAUCUGCGAGACAAAUUGGAUGCAGCAGAGGACGGCAGGCAUCAAGUUAGGUACAGAAGUGACAGAAGUGAACCCUGGAGGAAAAGGGAUGCACAUGAAAUGCGCUGCUGCUACCUGUGUGGAUCAAGUUCCCACAUCAAGAAGGACUGUCAACUUUACAGAAGCUCUGCAGCCCACUUGAGGAAUGUAGGAGAAAAGGAGAAACAGGGUUUGUCUAUACAAGAAGAGAAGAAAAGGAGAAAACAGAAAAAAGUGAUAUUAAGCCCACAAGCAGGACUGGUGAAGAGAGACGAGAUUAUGACUCAUUUGCACCAGCCUCAGGAAGUUUAACCUGCUGCAAUUUGGGUCGAUCGGUUCACAGGAAGAGCCCAGUUGAAUGAGCAGCAGAAGUGGAUCCAGACCACAAGAUCUACUAUUGUCAAUGCAGACAGCACCCCAAAGUCUGUAAAAAUAAAUGUGAGUGGUACUGUUGGGCCAGUGGGAGCCUGUUAAAAGCCAAAGCCGGGACACCUUGACUUGAAGCCAAAUAGGGCCUUUUUGUCUGUGGUGUUCCCCCUCCCAGAGUUUUCCUCCUCAGAAAUUUUUAAAGCUUUCAUUUUAACAAGUCAAGCCAUUCUGCAUGCAUCUGGUAUCUUUGUUUACCUACUCUGCCAAUUGUUUUUUUUUUCUUUUUAAUGAAAGAGGGGGAAAAACUUAGUACAUAACAGUCCUAGUCAUGGUGGAUUUAAAUAUCGUAUUGGGGAAAAGUGUCACAAAAAAAGGUGUCUGAUGAUGAGUAAUGUCCCAGUGAUGUAUCUUUUAAGAUAACUUAUGCUUUAAUUGUCUUAUAUUUUAUCCCAACUCUGACACUAAAGGCUCAGCAAUCCUUGCAAUUCAGGAAAUAGUGUUUCUGAACACUGCUGGAGCAAAUGAACAUGAAGAUGGCAAAGUAUGUUUUCUGAUGUUUACGAUCAUUUUGGAAUAGACGAGAUUGAAGCCAUUUUAAACAAAAUCAAAAUGUCAGUUAUUUUGGUAAUUAUUUUCAAGGGUUAAGAUUUUUUUUUUGUUUGCUUUUUAUUAUUUUCUUUUGGAAGUGAACAAAAAAAGCACAAUUAUGACUUAAGUGGCAGUGUGCCUGUUUGUGUGUUGCUGGGAUUUUCAGAAUUUUUUUAAAUACUUUUUCAUUUGUCCUCUGCACUGGCAUAUAACAGUUUAUUUUCCUGUCUUUUUUUUUAAACUGUGAGAAUAUUUGAUAGAGGAAGUGCUCUAAUAUCUCCCCCAAAGAAAAACAAUUGUUUUAUUAAUAUCUUUAUUUUUUAUUAAUUUUUUUUAAUCUGCGACUGCUGGUCUGCUUGCUGUUUUAUUGCUAUACACAGUCCUUCAGGUCCCUGGAACUGUGAACAGACAAAUGUACUUUUUUGGCUCCUUUUGUCUCCAAAUGUUAGAAAUGUGCAAAAGCAGUUGAUAUAGGGUUGAAAUGUUGCAUUCGUACACUCGAGAAGACUUGAUGAAACCAUCUGCUGGUUCAGCUGUUAUGAACAGUUCACGCACUGAUAAACCUGUAAAUCUCUUUAAUUUUAAUAGCACCACCGACUGGUAGCGGCACUGUGAGGGUCCACGCCCUGGAUUUUUUUUUCUCUUGCUGCUAGUUGAGUCUCAAAGACAUGCUUUUCAUUCAACUUCAAAAAUAAAUCUCUGCCUUGAUUAUUUUGCUAAUAUUGCAGAGUUUUAUAAAAUAUUUGUUGGUGGUAACAAACUUCUAAUUUUUAAAAGUAGGCUUGUUUUAACAUCGGCCUUUUUGCAUUUCUUUCGAUGGGUUCAAAACGUUUAGUUGCAAAUUAAGGAAUCCUGAUCCUGCCCCGAGAGUGUGCCUUGCCAUCCAUUUUGUGUCUCAAAAUUAAACUGAUCUUGAAGCUCA